CUACGUCAGUGACACAGGGCGGUACUGAAUGGGUUGUGGGAAAGGAAGGGCCCCUCAUCUGGCUUUACAAGGUUGUGGGUAAAAAAUUUAUUAUUAUUAUUAUUUUUUUAAACUAAGUUUGUGUGUAUGUUUGGUUAGCUACGAUGUUUCAGGACACAUGAGCAGUGGACCACUGCGUGGACGGACUGCGGGGGAGCGAUCGGCCCUAAAGGGGAGCAAACAUCCAUCGGCUGCGCGGCGCAGGCUAGCAGCGGUGCGGGUCGCGGGAUCCCGCAGCAGCAGGAGGCUGAGAGUCCUGCCCAUCGUGUGAGCCAUGGGCUUCCGAAAGAAGAACAAGAGCCCACCGGUGCUCAGCCACGAGUUUGUUAUCCAGAACCACGCCGACAUGGUGUCAUGUCUGGCUAUGAUCAUCCUCCUGGGCCUGAUGUUUGAGGUCACAGCAAAGUUUUCCAUCAUGUUCAUCACAGUCCAGUACAACGUCACACAAGUUCUUGAUGAAAAGAAUGAUCUAGUGAACCUUUACCAGUAUGGACCUAAAGAUGUGGCCACUGUGUUUUUUUACCUUCUAAUUGUCGUCAUCCUUCAUGCCCUGAUACAAGAGUAUAUUCUUGAUAAAAUGAACAGAAGGCUGCAUCUGUCAAAGACCAAACACAGCAAGUUCAAUGAAUCAGGGCAACUAGCAGCAUUUUACCUGUUCUCCUUCAUUUGGGGCUGCGGCAUCUUGACAGCGGAGGACUUUGCAAAAAAUCCCACUUUCCUAUGGGAGGGUUAUCCACACACUCACAUGGUUUUUCAGGUCAAGUUUUUCUACAUUUGCCAAAUUGCCUAUUGGCUCCAUGCACUCCCUGAGCUGUACUUUCAAAAAGUACGCAAGGAGGAUAUCCCCCGCCAACUCUACUACAUUUGCCUUUAUGUUGUUCACAUCACUGGUGCCUACAUCUUAAACCUCCACCGACUCGGUGUCGUCUUGUUGGUCCCUCACUACUUGGUGGAGCUCCUGUUUCACGCCUCACGCCUCUUCUACUUCAGUGAUGAGAACAAGCAGAAAGGUUUCACUCUGUGGGCUUUGCUUUUUGUCAUCGCUCGCCUCCUCACGCUCACUCUUUCAGUCCUGACAUUUGGCUUUGGGUUGCCCCGGACAGAAAACCAAGGCUUUUCUCUUGUGGAAGGCAACUUUAAUGUACUCACCAUAAGGAUGGCAUGUUUGGCAGCCAUCUGCCUGACUCAGGCUUGGAUGAUGUGGAAGUUCAUCAAUUUCCAGUUGAAGAAGUGGAGAGAAAACACCCAGAUCCAGGCCUCAAAGAAGAAGACAGCCAGCCCAAAGAGCAAACCUCACAAAAGGGAGCUUACAAGAGCUGGAGCUGCCAAUGGAAUUGUGAAGCCUGAUGAUAAAACAUCACCACGGGCGAGAAGAGUUAAAAACUCAUAACAACGGCGAAGUUGAGAAAAAGAUGGCAUGGUGACAUACUCUAUGUUCUAUAUACCACUGAGCACCGUGUCUACUGCGUUCGAAACAAAAUCACAAGGAAACCCCACAUCUUUGGUAUUGAGAUUCCCUUUGUGAGACACACUGCGAGUUCUUAACUUGGUUCUCUUGCUAUUGGAGCUUGGCAAGACAGAGUUGGGUCCGAUGCUUUAAACUGAACCGAUUUCACUCUUCAAAAAAGUGUCCUUUUGUGUACAACCAUGAUCCUACGUUGAGUUGUUUUCCACUGUUAUGACAUGGAAUUAAUCCACAUUUUGGUUCUUUAAAAUGCAACUUAAUGUGAAGUUUUAAUUUACAUGUAAACUGUACAAGGUUGAUUGGUUGUUUGAUUAUUUGUUUAGUUGUUUGUCAUAUUUUUGUUUGGGCCUUAAUUAGUUAAACUGACCAAACAGGCUGCUGAGUCAUGUCCCAAAAGCCUUUAUUGCACAGCACUACAAUUUUUUUUUUUUUUGGUGUUUUUUGUUUGUUUGUUUGUUUUUCAGGAAAAAACACAUCCCUAUUAAUCACUGUGUAUAGUAGUAAUGUUAUUUAGGUACUGUGUUAAAGUUGUGAGGUAAUGAUAAUUUAUUGCAAUUAUGAUGGCCAGUGCCUUUGAAAUCCAACGCCGUAUUGAGGCAUUUUUUCUCAUUUUAUGUAAUCCUCACUCACCUGGUUCUCAGCUUCACCCUGCUCAAGGGGACUCUCCACAUGUGGAAACUGUGCCAGAACCUCUGAGGCUUUAACGUAUGCAUACAGUUAAAUCCGACUAUCAGCAUGAGUAGACACUUGAGCAUGAAGGCUGCAACUCAGUGUUUUUGUAUGGUAACGUUGUCAAUGCAUGGUAGUUUGAACACACUGGCUAACGCCUACCUGUGCUAUUGAGUUUGCUACUCUCUCUCUCUCUCUCUCUCUCUCUCUCUCUCUCUCUCUCUCUCUCUCUCUCUCUCUCUCACACACACACACACACACAGACAGAAGCAUUCAGUGGCCUUUUUACAACUGCUGCAAGAGGGUUAUUUAUUUUUAUCACAGACUAUUGAUGGUUAUUGUAACCAGCAAACACAGCGGUACAUAGCAACUGUGGUCAGUUAUUCCAAACAAUACAAUCCUUCUUCAAGUGUCCUUAUAAUGUCAGUGGGCCGUAUCACUUGUUCUGCUUGUGUUUGUUUUGUCUGCAUUCUCAUUUUUUCCUUUUACAUUUUGGUGCCUCAAAGCAUAAACUGUUCCCCAGCUUACAUCCUGUGGUGCAAUGGGAGGUGUGUCUUUGUGUGUUCUGCUUAUUGUAGAUGUGUGUGAAUCAACUUGGCCUGAAUUAGGUUGACGACAAAUCUGUUUGUCUUUCUGUAACUUGUCUGUUGAAGAAAAAAAUGACAGCCUGUGUGCAGUGCAUGAAUUGUAAGAAUAUGUCAAUUAAAUCCUGCCUCAUCUGGUCCCCUGCAAACUUUAAAGAAUGCCUGUUACACAUUUCUGCGUGUAAAAGGCUGAGUUGCAAAAGUUGCAGUUGCUAAAUGUUUGUGUUUGCACACCCCCAGAUAACGUUCCCUUUUUUUUGAGUGCCUGUGAUUGUGUUUAGCUGCUAGGUAUCACUCCAAUGGUCCUGCCUGUUGGACCUUAUCUUUCCUCUCCUGGACCAUUGGAUCUGUGAAGAGAAAGAAUUCAGAGUUUGUUUGGAGUCUCAGUAUAGAAACAAAACAGGGAAGAAAUAAAAAUGCCAAUCCUG